AUGGGUUCGAGUCUCAGUGGAAAAGAUUUCCCUGAGCCCUCUCUUCUUUGCCUCAAAGCCGCACGCCGCAGCUCUCUCUCAGAUCUACACCUUCACCGUCAUAGACGCCGCCGACGCCACCGCCACAGCCGCCGCCGACGCCACCGCCAUAGCCGCCGACGUCGCCACCGCCAUAGCUGCCGACGUCGCCACCGCCACAUCUCACUCUCCACUGCUAGACGGUCGUUUCUUCCGAUUGGGAGAGCAUUGCGAGGCUGCCGCUGCCACCGCCUCCCCUACGACGACAUCGACGCCGACGCUGCCGUUGCCACCACCUCCCCUACGAAGACGCCGACGCCGACGCUACCACCGCCGUCCACUGCCGCGGACUCGCAGGGAAAAGUCCAAUUUGCAUCCUCAUAUGCAAUACACCAUCUGCACAUCUUUAUUUUUGCAUUGGCAGUAACUCAUGUGCUGUAUAGCAUUACAACUUGGGGGUUGGGCAGACUAAAGAUGAUGACUUGGAAAGCUUGGGAAGAUGGGACAAGAACACUUAAUUACCAAUUCUACAAUGCUUGCAGUUCUUUCUUUUCUUACCAACACCAAUGCAAUGAAUCUUGAUCUGGGAUCAAAUCGUGCUUGGAGCUGUGGGAAUUUGAUUUCAAAGGAACAUUGAUGCAUUACUUGUACUAUUUGAUGACAAUUUGGGAGCAUCAUAUCUGAGAAGCCCAACAGGGGAGUGUGUCAAAACAUCUAGUCAGAAGUGUUAGCCAGAAGUUAAAACGGAAGAACCACAAGGGUGAAGAGGAGGAACAAGACAAUGCUAUAGGGGUGUUUCCCUGAGUUGUCUUAGUAUUUACGGUAGGGGCGGGGGUUGUAAAGUGGUUGCUGACAUUGACUAUUAUUACUUACUGAAUUGAUAAUGUAUUUUUUUUUAACCGAAUUGAUAAUGUAUUUUUUUAACCGAGUUGAUAAUGUAUUAUUACUUGAAUUUAAUGUGGAAUGGUAAUGUUUUAGAAUUA